AUGCCCCCUCAGCCCAUCGUCUUCGCCUCGCCGGCUGACCCGGCCGUGGGGCUCAAGACCAAAUCUUCAGGCUUCGUGUCCUUCAGUGUCGCUCCUCCCCGCGAGCCGACUCCUCCUCCUGCCCCCGUCUUGACGUUCAACCAGCGCCGCAAGAGCGCUGUUGUCGUCCCCUCCACCGCGUCGGAGCGCCUGUCGUCAAAAAUGCGACCCCUCAACGUGACCAUUGUCGCUCGCUGCCUCGUCCGCCCGAAGGUGCCAUCGCCGCCGCCGACGAACAAGAAGCGAUCAUCCCACCAGACCCCCGCCGCAUCCCCUACGCCCUCUAUUCCUGCGACUGGCCCCGCCGUGCACCCCUACAACCGUCUCCACGAUCUCGCCAACACGCGUUCCACGAUCCCCUCCCCGCAGGAGCUCCUCCGAGCUGAGCGGGCCGAGGAGGAAAAGGCUCGCCAGAAGAAGGAGAACGCUGCAGCUGCUCGUGCAGCGGCAGCGCUCGCCAGGCGUCGCAAGGCUUUGCGAUCCAGUCGCGGAACACGCGGUUCGAGCACGGUGGCCACCCCGACCCCGACUCCGAUGAUCCCGCCCAUCCAGCGAGCUGUUGCCGCCCAGCGUGCCCGUUCCGCCGAAGCUGCCGCUGCCGAGGCUCACGCCGCCGAAGCUGCCCAGUAUAAGCUCCCGACAACCGAACCAGAGGAUGGCGGCGACACCCCGACACCCCGCACUCUGAAGCGCACUCGCUCCAGUGGGCUUGCCCCCGUGUCUGUGGGCGGUAACGGUGUCGUCAAUGUCAACUCGCCUCUCCGCGCCGUUACAUCUGCCGAUGAUGACAAGGACAAGACUGAAGUCGACGGUGCCCUGGACGAAACUUCUGCUCCCCGCAAGCGCUCGCGCCUGGCCGAGAGCGUUCCACCGACACGCGCUUCCCGACGUGGUUCGACCUCGCCUGCCGGUUCCGCAAGCAGCCUGCCCGAGGCCAGUCCGCGGAAAUCGGGCGAGAGCUCCCCCAAGGACAGCGAGGACGCGACUAGCAUGCGCCGCGUUCAGUCCGAGACGCAGACUCAGCCGAUGGUCCGCGAACGGUCACGGCGCGAGACACAGGUGCCCGCGCGGAUGCGCGACUACGACAGAUAA